AUGGGAGACUACAUACGGAGGGUCCAGAAUAUAGAGAGGCUGCAGAUUGCUGCUCGCCCACGAGUUCCAAGGAUUCGUCACACUAUUUAUGUGGAUCCAGAUGUACGAAGGAAUGAUGAACAAUUCCGAAAACGUUACCGUUUUGUCAGGGAAGGAUUCAGGCAAAUUCUCGAUAUGUUACGCGACGAUUUACCCGAGCCAAUUGACAAUCGUGGAUACCCAAUCCCACCGGAAAUUCAGGUGAAAGCAGCGCUGCGAUUUUAUGCCACAGGAAAUUUUCAAAUUGUUGCUGGGGAUUUGACCGAUAUUUCCCAACCUUCACUUUCAAUAAUUGUUGUGAAAGUUUCAAACGCCAUCGCAAGGAAACGACAACAGUUCAUUAGGAUUUCAGAACAGGAGGCUGCAAGAGCCAUGCAGCGCAAAUUCAAAGACAUUGCUGGAUUUCCGUACGUAAUCGGCUGUGUAGAUGGUGUCCACGUACAAAUUCAACCCCCACCUGUGGAGAAUAAGGAAAUAUAUCGUUGCAGAAAGAGCUUCAUGUCAUUAAACGUGCAAGGCAUUUGUGAUGCCGACCUCCGUUUUAUAAAUGUUGUUGCCAGAUGGCCAGGUUCCACCCACGACUCGCGCGUCUUCGACAACAGCUUGAUCUGCAACAGAUUUGAAAAUAACGAACUAUCAGGUUUACUGCUCGGUGAUAAGGGAUACCCGUGUCGACCAUUUUUGAUGACACCUUUCCGCAACCCAGUUGGUCAAGCAGAAAUUCGCUACAAUCAGGCACAUGUUAGAACCCGUUCAAGGGUUGAACGUACAUUUGGAAUCUGGAAGAAGCGGUUCCCUUGUUUGAAAUUCGGGAUACGCUGCAAAAUCUCCACAGCAAUGAAGAUAAUAGUUGCAACCGCUGUCCUGCACAAUUUUGCCAGGGACAUAGGGGAUCCUGACUUUGAGCCUGACGAAGACGACGAUGGUGAGGAUGAGCUUCAGCUAAAUGACGAUGCACUUGGUAAUGCAGUGAGACAGACAAUUGUACAACAAUAUUUUCUGUAG